GUGGGUAUCUGUGAUUGAUAUUUAACUAGGUACCUACAUACCUAGUACCUAUGCAGUGACUGUUAGAUAUGAAGAAAGAUUCAUAGGUACAUGUAAUUGGUGAGAUUAAAUGUAAUUGGUGAGAUUAAACUAUAUACAGCCCUCAGUUCAUCAAUCCACCAGAUAUAAUGCGACACCACGCCGCUGUAGGUGGUGCUUCCAAUUUACCUAAGGCUAGUAUGUCAGCCAUUGUAGGCUCCCUUGAUUAACACCCAGGUAAGGUAGGUAGGCAUCUACUCAUAUUAUCACGUCAAAUACCUAGGUGGGUACCAUCAUUAAUCAUGCCCUUUCCACCUCCAGCUACCCAGUCUACGUAGGGAAGCGAGCCGGGGAGAUGCGCCGGAGUCUAUUGCUUCAAGGAGCCACCGAGCACGCCAAUUCCUUCGACCAACUUGCACUCACACUGAGCCUCACAGGCGACGAUCCAGACGAUAUUCUCCAUGUAUCCAAGAUCUCAGCGCAGCGCAUAUUUGCUGGGUACCUGUCGCCAUGGGCGGGACUGAUACUACAGUAUCUUUUCCCGCCUGCAGCAGGCGCUCCGCCUCUUCUCCACCAGCGCAAAGCCGCGGUCGAUGUUUUGACGCCUUUUCAGUAGAGCUGGUUUAGCUGUUCCGGAAAAGACCGCGUAUAGCCCGGCUACUGGGGGGAGAGCAGCCCGUGUCACCAACCACCGCAACUUGACACGAUAAAUGGCCUAACCUAAGCAAAACGAUUGCAGUUCCUCAAUCUAGAAAGCUAGAUCCCGACUGAACUGGCUAUCGUCCCGGCUAUGAUCUAGAAUAUGCGCAUGUAGGAUGGUUGUGCGCCGACUAUCGUCGUAUAUUCGAGUAUGGUCAUGAAAUGGCUGUGAAAACAACAGUACUGAUGCCUCUGCCUUUUUAGAAUAUACCCUUGGCGUGUCCGAGUUCGAUAUAUCUCUUAGCUCCGGGUCGUUCUUUUCGCUUGGGGCCAUGCUUCCGUCAC